GCUAGCUGUGAAUUGCAAGAUGGUCUAACAUGAACUGAAGACCUUGAAAUUGCAUUAGUUUCUGUACUGAAGAAGAAAAGAGGAAGAAACAGUUGUCUCUGUCACCUGAACUUUUAUCAUGAUAUUCUGUAUUUCCCUCAUCAUGCUGCUCUUUGCUGGAGGCAACUCGUCAUCCCCAAAUUCCUUAUCACAGGAGGAGGAGCGGAUUUUUCAGUACAUUGAUGGCCAUCAAGAUGAAUUCGUUCAGAACCUUGCAGGAUGGGUGGCUGUGGAGAGUGACUCCAUACAACCACAUCUACGAGCAGAAGUAACACGAAUGGUGAAGAUAGCUGCAGCCAGCCUUCAAGACUUAGGAGCAAGUGUAAUGCUCCGUGACAUUGGCGUACAACAGCUGCCCAGUGGCCAGAAUAUUUCUUUACCUCCUGUUAUUCUAGCAACACUUGGGGAAGAUCCACUAAAACCAACUGUGUGCUUUUAUGGCCAUGUGGAUGUGAUGCCUGCCAAAAUACAAGAUGGAUGGAAAACACCUCCCUACAACCUGACUGAAGUUGAUGGAAAUCUUUUUGGACGGGGAACAACAGAUGACAAAGGACCUGUCCUAGCCUGGAUAAAUGCAGUGAACACCUUUAAAGCACUGAACAUAGAUAUACCAGUAAACAUCAAAUUUCUGAUUGAAGGCAUGGAAGAAGCAGGGUCCAUUGGCCUAGAAGAACUAGUUGAAAAGGAAAAGGGACAUUUUUUCUCCGAUGUCAACUAUAUUGUGAUCUCAGACAAUAUUUGGCUCAGCACAACAAAGCCAGCUCUUACAUAUGGGACUCGGGGGAAUGCCUGCUUCUCUGUGCAGGUUGAAUGUGGCGAAAAAGAUCUUCAUUCUGGAAGUGUAGGUGGCAUUGUCCAUGAAGCCAUGUCUGAUUUGAUAGCCUUGCUUGACAGUCUUGUGAAUUCAUGUGGUCAUAUUCUGAUCCCUGGAAUUUAUGAUGAUGUUGCUCCGCUUACAGAAGAGGAGAAAAAGCAGUAUGAGUUGAUAGAAUUUGACUUGAAGGAAUACAAAGCUAGCAUUGGUGUAAAGGAAAUUAUCUAUGAUACCAAGGAGGAGAUUUUCUCACACUUGUGGCGUCUUCCAUCACUUUCUAUUCAUGGUAUCGAAGGGGCUUUUUAUGAACCAGGGAUCAAAACAGUUAUACCAUCAAGAGUCAUAGGGAAAUUUUCUAUCCGUCAAGUCCCUCACAUGGACCUUUCUAAAAUAGAAUGUCAGGUGAAAAAGUACUUAGAGAGGAUAUUCUCUAAACGGAAAAGCCCAAAUAAACUAAUAGUGUCGAGUGAAAUGGGUGCAAAACCAUGGGUUGCUAAUAUUAAUGACCCUCAGUACGAAGCUGCUAAAAAGGCAAUACAAAAAGUUUUUAAUCAGGAUCCAGAUAUGAUCCGGGAUGGUUCAACAAUUCCUAUUGCCAAGAUGUUUCAGGAUAUUACCAAAAAAAGUGUGAUGAUGUUUCCCAUUGGAGCUGCGGAUGAUGGAGAGCACUCCCAAAAAGAGAAGAUAAGCAGGUCUAACUACAUUAAUGGAAUAAAGGUGUUUGCCUCCUUUUUACUGGAGAUUUCAAAGCUCCACAAGACACUACAGGAAGCUUCCAGUUUGAAGAAAAUGGCAUGAAGCACAUUAUGGACUGCCUGCCUAGUGCCUACUUCUUUGAGAAAAUUUUCAACUUCAGAAUAAACAUGGAUAAAACCUCUAAACCUGUGUGAGUGCUUCCAGAAUUCACUGGUAUGACUGCCACAUAUAUUUGUCAUUUUGAAUAUAUUGUAUCAUUUAAAUCUAUGUAUUUCAGUCAUUUUCCUAUCUUUUAUUCUAUUCUAAUGUGGAAAAUGAAUAUGGUUGUUUCCUGAUGAAAUGUCGCUACUAGUCAUAAAUGAAACAUUUAGUGUGUCAUAUAAUUUCAAAGUCAAUCCAUUCCUAUUUUCAGAUACAUUUCAGUGUAAUAUAGUUUAUCUUUCUUUUUGGUUUGUAUGAAUUUAGCACUACCAUAUUUAAUGCCUAUUUAGGUUGGAUGACUAUAUAACUCUCUGCUUGAUAUAAAUAUCCGUACUGUUAAUUUUUAUCCCUUACUCCUCUCUUUAUUCUUCAAAGUUUGUCGACAAUGGUUUUCUAAUUUCUAUCACUGCUGACAAUAAAAACGUCCUUUCUGA